AUGAACAAUGUAUUAGAUUUAAAAUUGAAAAAGAUUGAUAAAAUAUAUAGACCUGGUAGUAAAGUAUCAGGUAAUGUAGUUAUAAAUAGUAAAGAUGAUAUGUCACAUUCAGGAGUUACAAUAGUGGUAGAGGGUACAGUUCAAUUACAAUUAAGUUCAAAGAGUGUUGGUUUAUUUGAAGCAUUUUAUAAUUCAUUAAAACCAAUUACAUUGAUGCAUUAUACAAUUAGUGUCACCAAUGGUGGUGGUAAAUUUCAAGCAGGUAUCACAGAGUUACCAUUUGAAUUUACAUUAGAGCCAUUACCAAAUCAACAACUUUACGAUACCUAUCAUGGUGUUUUCGUUAAUAUUCAAUAUUCAAUAAAAUGUGAUGUUAAAAGAGGUAUCCUUUCAAAAGAUUUAUCAAAAACUAUUGAAUUUAUAGUUGAAGUACCAUCACAAAAUAAAGAGGUUUUAAUGAAAUCAACACCAGAAUCACUUAUAACAUUUAAUAUAACACCAGAUUCAUUGGUUAAUUUUAAAAAGAUAUCAAAAGCAGAUGUACCAACAUUUAAGAUAUCAGGUGGAUUGGUUUCAGCUAUUUGUAAUAUUAAUGAAGCAUUUCAAGGUCAUAUGAUUAUAGAAUCAGCUGAUACUGUGAUUAAAUCGGUCGAAUUACAAUUGGUACGUGUUGAAACAUGUGGUUGUGCUGAUGGAUAUGCUAGAGAGGUUACAGAGAUUCAAAAUAUUCAAAUUGCCGAUGGUGACAUUUGGAGAAAUUUUAAAAUUCCACUCUAUAUGGUUUUCCCACGUUUAUUCACUUGUAUCAGUACUGCUGGUAAAACUUUUAAAAUCGAAUUUGAAGUUAAUUUAGUAAUUAUGUUAGAAGAUGGUCAUUUAAUUACUGAAAAUUUCCCAAUUAAAUUAAUAAGAUAG